GGCAUAAAAAAACAGAUAAAGAAAAAGUGUUUAAUUGUCAGAUUUAAGAAGAAGAAGAUGAUGAAAUUGAAUUGGCGUGCUCUGUUUCUUUCUCCAUUAUUCCAUCUCAUUGUUUCAGUCUCACUCGAUUUUAACAUAACUCGCUUAAUUUCAUCAACAAAACCUGAACUCGGUUAGUAUAAAUAAUGCUUUGCUUUGAUUUGCUUCACAUAAAAAACGGCUCACACUUUCAUGGCGGUGGUGGUGGUCGUCUCCAUCUCGGCGUCGUUUCUCCGUUUCGAUUCUCACCCUAACUCUCACACUUUCAAGCUCUCUUCUCUCCUUCACAACUCCUUGCCUUCAGCGCACUCUUCUUCUUCUUCUUUACUGUUUUGAUUCCAACUCUCUUAUGUUAGCUCACAGCAGCGUGAUCUCGCCGUCCUUUCGAUCUAUUUUUGCAGAUCUGUAGCUUUCGAGCUAGUUGCUGGCGUCGGUGAUGUCUUUGCUUGCAGGAAUGUUGAAAGAGUCCCAAUGGUUGUGGAUGAAACUGCUCCUUUUUUGGUUCUUGAUAUCAAUUUCCGAAGCAUAUGCACCCGAUAAUCUACUGAUAACAAGUUCAGGAUCUCCGAUUGGUGUCCCUAAGGUAGCACCUGCUAUGCCUAAUCUUCCCCUUCCAGCCAAUAUACAGGAGUCUAAUGGGCCAUGGCGAAAGCAUUUCUUGCAGCUUGGUUCACCUAUUCAUUUAUCGCCGUCUCAUCCCCCUUUGACUUCGCAUUUCUCAAAACCUUUGAUGAAGAGAAGAGACUUGGCACCUUCCUUUGUCGGCUUCAAAAAUAUUGCUCCAAUGCAGUCUGACAAUGGCGUGUUGCCUUCUGGUUUAGCUCAGCCACCACUGUCUCCUUCUGUCUCCAAUUGCUGCAAACUAGAUAUGGUGAUGCUAAGGGGGAGUAAAGAAUGCCACUGUGUUUAUCCCAUAAAAAUUGACCUUCUGCUUCUAAAUGUCUCACAAAAUCCCAAUUGGACUCUUUUCUUAGACAAUUUGGCUUUGGAACUUGGUUUGCAAGUUUCUCAAAUUGAGUUGAUAAACUUUUACGUACUUGGCUUGUCAAGGUUAAAUAUUUCAAUGGAUAUUACUCCACGCACGGGAAUCAGUUUUUCUUUCACUGAAGCAUCUGCUAUAAACUCUUCUCUUGCCAUGCAUAGAGUUCAUUUGAACCCUAAGUUAGUGGGUGAUUACAAACUUCUCAACAUUACCUGGUUUCAGGCUCCACCUCCUUCUCAAGCUCCCCACAUAGCUACAGCACCAGUAAAACCCCCACCUCAUCAUUCUGCUGCUUCAGUAUCACCCAAUACUUCAAACAAAGGGAGGCAUCCGAAUUUGAUUCUUAUCCUUGGUAUUGGUGCCGGUGUGCUGAUUAUUGCCAUCAUCUCUUUGUUUAUUGUUUGUUUAUGCAUGUUCAGUCAAGAUAAAACAAAAGCACCUCCUAUGGAAGCAGAAAAGCAGAGGACCAUUAAUCCAGUUCCAGUUGUAGGAUCUUUACCCCAUCCAAGUAGCACACGAUUUCUGGCAUAUGAAGAACUUAAAGAAGCAACGAAUAACUUUGAAUCUGCAAGCAUACUUGGAGAGGGUGGGUUCGGCAAAGUUUUUAAGGGUGUCUUAAGUGAUGGUACAGCUGUUGCAAUCAAGAGGCUGACUAAUGGAGGGCAACAAGGGGAUAAGGAGUUUUUAGUUGAGGUGGAAAUGCUUAGCAGGUUGCAUCACCGUAAUCUUGUGAAACUUGUUGGUUACUAUAGCAAUCGUGAUUCCUCACAGAACUUACUUUGCUACGAGCUUGUUCCAAAUGGAAGCCUAGAAGCCUGGCUCCACGGCCCCAUGGGAGUAAAUUGUCCUCUUGAUUGGGACACCAGAAUGAAAAUAGCACUUGAUGCUGCCAGAGGACUUGCAUACCUGCAUGAAGACUCACAACCCUGUGUUAUACACAGAGACUUUAAAGCAUCUAACAUUUUACUUGAGAACAACUUUCAUGCCAAAGUUGCUGAUUUUGGUCUCGCGAAACAGGCACCUGAAGGAAGAACAAAUUACUUGUCUACUCGUGUUAUGGGCACAUUCGGGUAUGUUGCUCCUGAAUAUGCCAUGACUGGACAUCUACUAGUCAAGAGUGAUGUUUACAGUUAUGGGGUCGUCCUACUUGAAUUACUCACCGGAAGGAAGCCUGUAGAUAUGUCUCAACCGGCUGGCCAGGAAAACCUCGUCAGUUGGGCCAGGCCCAUUCUUAGAGAUAAGGAUCGGCUGGAUGAGCUUGCUGAUCCAAAACUUGGAGGAAAGUACCCCAAGGAAGAUUUUAUAAGGGUUUGCACAAUUGCGGCCGCUUGUGUAGCUCCUGAGGCAAACCAGCGCCCUACUAUGGGGGAAGUGGUACAAUCACUUAAGAUGGUUCAACGGGUCACCGAAUACCAGGAUUCCAUGGCCUCCUCCAAUGUCCGACCAAACUUCAGACAGUCAUCAACUACAUUUGAGUCUGACGGGACAUCUUCAAUAUUCUCUUCUGGUCCCUUCUCUGGUCUUAGUGCCUUUGAUAAUGACAACAUCUCCCGUACAGCAGUUUUCUCUGAAGAUCUUCACGAAGGACGAUGAAUAAUAUUUUGUCUCACCCUUCAUUCUAUUUAGCGAAUCUUGAGACUCACUCAUCAAGGGUUGGAACUCAUUAUGUUUUAUGUGGGUUAAGACUUGCACACAGCAAGGUUGAGUUUUCCCCGUUCAGAACUAGGACAUAAAUUGGAGCAUAAUCAUUUGAGAAAAGGGUAUAUUUUUGUAGUUGUGUGAUUGGUUGGGGGAAAGAAUGAGCAUAAUCACUUGUGUCCUGUUUAUUGUUUCCCGAGGCAUUAGGCAAAUGGUUCAUUUUGGUGGGUGAAAUUUUGUAUAUAUAUUCCGUGUAAGGUUUUAUGAUAUUGGCUACUUAAUGUUUUUUCCCCUUUUAAAAUAUUGCCAAAAUAUAUUUCUUUAUCAAUUCACAUCUGCAUUGAACGUUAA